UACAUUUGUAGUAUCGAUGUGCAUUGAUGGAUUUCUUAUAUCAAGUGUUGGUACAAUUUUUACUGCAGCAACGAGUGUUAGAGGAGAAUGGAUUUUUGGAGAUUCAGUUUGCCAGAUGCAUUCCUUUAUAGUAUUCUUUCUUGGCCUCGCAAUCAUCGCUACUUUGACCAGCAUGGCUGUAGAAAAAUACAUAGUCAUAAAAAAAGAAUCAAGAAAUAUAGUAACAAAACGAGUGUGCCUAUACAUUUUGCUUGGAUGUCAUUUGUACGGUUUAGUGAUUGCUGUAAUGCCAUUCCUUGGAUGGAACCAGUAUCAACUUGAAGGAUAUAACAUCACAUGUUCCUUAAAAAUGGACGGCAACGACACGAAUUCAACUUCUUUUAACAUUUUUAUGUUGAUAGUGGGAUUAGUAUUACCUUUAGCCAUAAUGGUAACUGUCUAUUCCAAAAUUAUUAUCAAGAUGAAAGAAAAGCACAGAUCAAUGAACUUCAACACAUACAGUUCUCAUCGAAAGACAAUAUUAAAGAGAGAAAUGGCAGUAACAAAGACAAUCCUGUUAAUGAUAGGUGUUUUUAGUUUAGCCUGGUCACCUUAUGCCAUUCACUGUGUAGCAUCCAUGAUUGGUUUUAUAGAGUAA